GUCUCCCUUUGCUGCAGUGGCAGACUACUCAGUAACCCGAAAUAAUGUCAUUCAGCUCUGCCUGGAGCUCACCACCAUUGUACAGCAGGACUGUACGGUGUUUGAGACGGAGAACAAAAUCCUUCAUGUGUGUAAGACUCUGUCGGAGGUGUGCGAACACAUUGUGUGUGUGUCAUCGGACCCGCUGGUUUCGCAGUCAGCCCACCUCGAGCUGGUUCACCUCACCAACAUCAAGCCCUCUGAAGGCCUGGGAAUGUACAUAAAGUCAACCUACGACGGACUCCAUGUUAUCACAGGAACUACAGAAGGGUCUCCGGCUGACCGCUGUAAGAAGAUCCAUGCAGGAGAUGAAGUCAUUCAAGUCAAUCAUCAGACCGUGGUGGGCUGGCAGUUACGUAACCUGGUCGGCUCGCUGCGGGCCGAUAAAGGCAUCGUGUCCCUGACCCUGAAGAAGCGUCCACAGAGCACGCUCAGCUCUGCCCCUGCGCUGCUGAAGAACAUGCGCUGGAAACCCCUGGCUUUGCAGCCGACCAGAAGCCCAGGCAGCAGUUCAGCCACGCCUUCAGGCACACCCACCAAGAACUCCGCCCUCCAGGACCUUUACAUCCCCCCUCCACCUGCUGAGCCAUAUACACCCAGAGAUGAGACAGGAGCCUUGUCUGGUGAUGAAGCAUCUCGUAACCAUGGUGGCGUCAGCGCUGCUAAGCGCUCUGAGUCACCGAACUCCUUCCUGGAUCAAGAGUCUCGCCGGCGAGAAGAGGAGGAGCCCGUGUACUGCACCACGCCCACAUACGGCAGGCUGAGGCCCAUCUCCAUGCCUGUGGAGUGUAACUGGGUGGGUGAUUAUGAAGACCCAGCCAAGCUUAACAGAGAAAGCCGCAGAGUUGCCAUGGUGACGCUGACAGCAGCUCUUCUCGGUGUCUCACUUUCCUCUGGCCGCUGCCUAGCAACCAAGGGAGGACAGGAGAGUGGGAUCCGCAGAAAAGGGAAGAGAGAG